AGGAAAAAGAAGCGGGCCGUACUGGAAAGAGCGGAGAGGAAGGCGGGGACAGGAAGUCUGCCAUGCCGGAAGGUCGUUCGGACAGGAAGUGUACGGAGGACCGGAAGUCGGCCUGGGGAGCGGGCGAGAGGCCACCUCCGUCUGGCAGCAGAGCACAUGGGGGGGCAACGGCGGCGGGAGGGCAGCGGGGAGGCGCGGGUCCGCCCUUGUCGCCCCUCCCCGCGGGUGAGCGGCACCGGUGACAGCAGCGCCGCCAGCAAGAGGUCCGCCGCCGCCCUGGGCUACACCUCGGACCGCUUCGUGCUGCAGCUGCUGCCCCGGGGAGGCCCGCGCCGCGCCCCCGCCAUCCACCGGGGCUACUACAUCCGGGCCCGAGCGGUGGAGCGGAGCCUGCGCGCCUUCCUGAUGGGCACUCCGGGCCACCCGCGCAGGCAGGUGGUGUCUCUGGGCGCCGGCUGGGACUCGCUCUACUUCUGCCUGAAGGACGCGGGGCUGCUGGCGGGAAGCGGCGGGCGGUUCUUCGAGGUGGACCUCCCCGAGGUGGCCUCCCGCAAAGCGGCCCUGAUCUCCGGCUCGGCGGAGCUGCGCGGCUUGGCGGGAGGCGGCGUCCGCGAGGAUCUCGGAAGCGUCAAGUAUUCCGGGGAUGAUUAUCAGCUCCUGGGCGUGGAUCUCUCCCAACUGGCCCUGCUGGAGGGGGCCCUGCGUGGCGCUGGCCUGGAUCCCGCGACGCCCACCCUGAUCCUUGCGGAGGUGGUCCUGCCCUACAUGGAGGUCGAGAGGUCAGAUGCUCUGAUUCAGUGGGCAGCUGGGUACUUUCUGAGCGCCUGGUUCAUUCUGUAUGAGCAGAUUCAUCCCAGUGACCCUUUUGGCCGUAUCAUGCAAAAUCACUUCAGCCAUCUACAGUCUCCGCUCCGCUCCCUAACCACCUACCCAGACUGUGAGGCUCAACAAAUGCGCUUUCUCCAGAGGGGCUGGACGGAAUGCCACAUCAUGGAUAUGAACGAGUUCUAUAGGAGUUUUGUGCCUGGAGAAGAGCAGAAGAGGAUUCAAGCUCUGGAGCCCUUUGAUGAAUUUGAGGAAUGGCACCUGAAGUGCUCCCAUUAUUUCAUCCUGGCUGCAUCCAAGGGAGAAGCCGCCUUUGCACCUCCUCUAUUUUCCAGGAUGGAAGCCCCCCCGGCUCUCCACGCCCCUUGCUUUGCUGGGACCGUGGCCGCAUCCUUCGCUGUGGCAGGUGGGGCAGUGGCUGGCCUGAAGCGCUAUGGUCAUUGCUCAGUGCUCCUUACCCCGGACGUAAUUCUAACCACUGGUGGCUUUGGGGACCAUGGUGGGCGCCACUGCCGCCUGACUCAGCUGCAUAUUCUGGUCAAGCACCAGGACGGUUGGAGAAGCAACAAAGUCAGACUGGCUGAGCUAGAAAUGGCUUGGGACGGGCGGCUUUUCCACACUGUGAAUGUCCUGCGCUCAGGCUGGGCUGUCGUGCUGGGUGGCCGUAAGUCUCCAGUGAGCCCUGCUCUGCCCCCCCUUUGCUUAAAGGGGCUGGCAGAUGCCGAUCCUUUGAGCCCCGGCAACCCCGUCAUUGAGCUUGCUCCGCUGCCACCUGUCGAGGGCUUCUCCGUGCCCCGCUGGAGACACACCGCCACAGAAGUCACGCAUGAAGGACAGGCUUAUCUCUUUGUCUAUGGAGGCUGCAGUUCUGGGCAGUUGGUGCUCACCGAUUGGCAUUUUCUGCAUUUGGAGGGGCUCCACUGUCAGCAGAUUCCAGUGGAAGGCCCCGUCCCAGCCGGCCGUCACUCACACAGUGCCUGCAGCUGGGCAGGGGGCGUGCUCAUCGCCGGCGGCCUGGCAGCCUCUGAGGAACUGCUGGGCAGCCUCCUGUUUCUGAAGCCAGCUGGGAGAGGCUUCCGGUGGCAUUCUCUUGAGACCUGCCCCCCACUCACACCCAGGCAUCCAUUGUCAAUGUUCAUUGCCUGGAGAAGCUGGAACCGGCCCAGCAUUAGAGGACUAACACUCCCUCUCUUUUGUGUCUUCUGCCCAGACAUUUCUGGAGUGGCCCCUGAUGUUACACAACCACAGCAGUGUCAUUGUGCCCAACACGGAGGAGAUGAUUCUUAUUGGGGGGGGUGGAAACUGCUUUUCCUUUGGGACUCAUCUGAACAGGUGGCCUGUCCUCCUGGAUCUGAGCAGCAUUUGGAGGGCUGGGCUUUGACGUCUUGGGGGUCAAGAGAACAGGAGAAGGGCCGAAGCAGCACUGGAUGAUACAGUGGAGUGGACUACUUGCAUUCAAUAACAUCCCCCCCCCAGCCCAUUAGACACAGUAGCAGCCUCUCCCAAGAGAGCUCUGCUCCUGCUUCACGGAGAAGAUAUUCCAUCGGUGGCCCCUGGCUGCUGGGGCAAGGAGCCCAGGCGCAGGAGAUUACCCGUCCUAAAACUCUCGUCCCCGUCUCCUUUGCUGCCUCACAGACAGUGGCCACUGUCAGCAAGCGGGUCCAGUAGGUUUCUGGGGGAUUUUUACAGUUUCCUUCCUAUACCCUCUCAUCUGCUUCACCUGUACCAGCCUUCUUGUGCAGCAUUUUCUAGUGAUUUCAACCGCUUAGAGAGAGCAACACUGAACAAAAGGAGUUUGUUCACAGCAAAAAGCAAAGCCCGUUUUUCUUCCAGGGAUGGACUUCUAUCGUACAGGGCAUUCUGUGUUCACUUCUGAGCCUCUAGGUUAUAUAAUCUAAAUAAUUGUAAUUGCCUCCUGCUAAGCAGGUAACAAUGUUCAUUUAAUAGCAGCGUAACAAAUACAAGAUUUUGUUAUA